UGUUGCCAUCCAAAACCCAGCAGAAAACUUUAUCCACAAUGAAGCUGACAGCUGUUCUUCUGCUAGUCACCCUGAUGACUUGCUGCUAUUCAGCUACCGCUGUUGAGACUUGCCCUCUUCUUCUUGAUGUUCUCACCAAGUUUCUCCUUGCCUCACAUGAGGACUACAUGGAAGCAAUUGCUCCUUUUGCACCCACUGAUGAAGUGAAGCAGGCUGCUUGUGACCUGAAGCAAUGCACACUUAAGGUUUCAAGGGCUACUGCAGAAGCAAAUGCCCAAAUUUUACAAAAUGUCAUGGAAAAGUGCGCAGAAUUACCACAGAAACGUUGAGGAAAACAUGACUGCAUAUGCUGCUGAUUGGUUGCAGUUUCCUUCUGCUGAUCUUCAUCCUGCAGAAACAUAUCAAAUAUUGGCUUCAAGAGCCAUCACUUUUAAAAAUAAUCGUCCUUUUUCAUCAUGAUCUGGAAUCUUCAGAUGCUUCUUCAAUUCACUUAAAAUGUUCUGCAUAAACUAAAAGCAAAUCA